AUGCUAAACGUAUCGAACUUCUUAACGUGGAAAGAACAUUUGUUACUUAUGCUUGCCCUCAUGGAUCUUGAUCUUUCCCUUGUGAAAGACCCUCCAAGUUCUCGCGAGGAAUUCGAGCGUUGGGACCGAUCUAACCGUGUGAGUAUGAUGAUAAUCAGAUUUAAGAUCCCGCAAGAAUUCAGGGGCAUCGUGCCGGAGGAUGUUACAACCGCAAAAGAAUUACUUGCCGGGCUUGAUAAAUUCUUUGCGAAAAAUGAAGAGGCAGAGAGAAGUAUGCUUCAAGCAGAAUAUUAUUCGAUACAAUAUAGAGAGAAUGAGAGUGUAAGGGAGUUGAUUAUGAGGAUGAAAACCGUCGAGGCUAAGUUAAAGAGAGCAGGGACUGAUCAUAGCCUCUUGUUGGAUGACGAAACCAUAGCGCAUUUUGCACUCAAAUUGCUGCCAUUGCGGUAUGUUCGGCUUCAGAACGUUUACAGGCGUCUCGAAGAAAAAUUUGCUAAUGAAAACGGUCGUUGGCCCUUGACUGAGAUAUGGUCUACUAGUGAGCUCAUCAGUCGCUUCGACAUGGAAGAGGAGAAUUUGAGGCGGGAAAUUGCGGAUGAAGUCAAACGUGAAAAGAGAAGAAGGGAGCAAUGA